CCUCCCCACCCAGCCGGGAGUUAAUAAGAGGGACCCUCUGGGACAAACGGACACUAUCAGAAGACCUCGAGCGUUUGAUGCCAAGCAGCGCCGCCAGCACCAAGACAAUCAUGCCUGUUCCCAAAAAAGCAGGAAGAAAAAGCAGUUCUGCCCAAGAAGAAAAACUGCCUCCAUAUGAGCCAAACAUCCCCGAACCGACCACCAGGGCCGACUUCAUGAAACACUGGCUCCCCAUCUCUCUGGAUGAUAAAACUGCACAGAAGCUGCUGUGGAUUUCGGAGGGCGGAAUGAAGGUGGCUCGUACAUCAGAUGCAGUUUGUCCAUAUCCCAACAGACCUGAGAGAUACGAUCACUCACCACAGGUGCUGUGUAAGGAGAGUCUGCUGGGCUACCGGGGCUACUGGGAAGUGGACUACGACGGCUGGGUGGUGAUUGGGGCGGUCUGUGAGAGCGCCCCCAGGAAGAGCCAGGACGGGGCAUGUGGUCUCGGGGAGAACAGCGGCUCGUGGGGCACCGGCUGGUCUGGAUCCUGCUACCAGGUCUGGCACAACAGCGAGAAUGUGGACGUCGAGCUGCCGGCCUCCUCCACCGUGGGUGUCUACGUGGACCAGCCGGCCGGCAUCAUCAAGUUCCUGCUGGUGGAGGGGGAGGCCAAGAAGGAGGUGAGGCUGAUCCACAAGUUCAAGGCCAACGUCCAGGAGAAGCUCUUCCCUGCCUUCUGGGUGGGAAUGAAUUCAUUCUGCCUCAUUCGGAAAAAGGAUCAGUGACAGUAAAGCGAUGAAGGGGAGGGUUGAGUAGUGUAAAUUUCAAAAGGUGUCAGAGGGAGGUUGAAGCUUUGGGAAGUUUGGGGAUCAAGUGUUGGAGCACGUUGGGACAUCUUUGUUGAUGGUUUCUGCUUUCUCUGAUGCAUGAGGAAAGAUUAUUGAUUUCAAAUUAUAUCCACAGAUGCCUAACUUGUUUGUUUUACUGAAUAUGGUGUAUCUAUUUAUUGAAUUAAUCUGGAAAUGCAGGUGAAGUUUAGUAUGUUUUUAUUACGCGUGGGGGAUUUUGCAUGAGUUAGAGCUUGUUUCACUGUUGGAGUCUUUUAUAAUGUGUUGAAUGUAGUCAAUAAAUUCUACUAUUGUCUAAUAACAGA